AUAGGGUUCCCCAAGUGGGAUCGGUCUUCACCAAAAUACAAGAGAAAUGGCCAUUUUAAUAUUUGUUCCUUUCAAUUCCUCACUAUUCCUUCUCUGAGACACUCUUCAGCUGUAUGCUUAAAUCCUCUGCAAACACAGGUUUAAGCUUUAAACCAACAAUUCUCCAAAACUGUAAAUAUCAUGGCGCACAAAAUCUACUGCGCCGUCAAGUUCCUCCUUUCGCCUCAAUAUUUUUCUGCUCGAUAUCUCCGCAACUACCCAAAAUUUCCCGACAAAAGUUUCCCUCCUCCAAAGCCGUUAAAUCCUAAGCCGCCGAAGCGUGAACGCAUUCUGAAACCCCACGAAGCCAUGAGCGCUAUCAGAGUCGAAGAAAACCCCGACAACCUCGUAAAAAUCUUCAAAAAGGUCUCAGAUGAGCCCAGAUUUCAUCGACACCGUUCCGCCUACGCAAUUGCCGUCAAAAAGCUCGCGCGGGCGGGACGCCACGAUGCCGUCGAAGAAAUUCUCGAACACGAGAAAAACAAAAUCCAUUUGAACUCUAACGAGGGUUUCAUGGUGCGAAUCAUCACGCUGUACGGCCUUGCCGGAAUGCCAUAUCAGGCCGUCAAAACUUUCCGUCAGUUGCCUCAACCGGGCGUCAAAUCGCUCAACGCCCUGCUCAAUGCUGUGCAACAAACAGAAAAUCAUGAACAGGUUCGCGAUCUUUACCACGAAAUUAUUUCAAGUUAUAACUUAAAACCUAAUUUGAAUACUUUUAAUAUUGUUAUAAAAUCACUGUGUGAAAUGGGGAUUUCUGAGAUUGCUUUCUUAAUGCUGGACGAGGUGGGAAAACACGGGUGUAGUCCUGAUGUGGAAAUAUUUAAUACAAUUUUAAGGGGAUUUUACAAGGAAGGGAAGGCUCAGGAUGUUCCUAGGGUUUUGGAGAAAAUGUCCCAAAUUGGCUGCUGUCCUGAUGUGAAUACUUUCAAUAUUAGGGUUUUGAAUUUGUGCAGAGAGGGGAGGUCAUAUGAGGCUACAGAGUUGUUGAGUGGUAUGCGGCUACAGGGUGUGAAGCCUAACGCUUGGAGCUAUAAUAUGGUGAUCAAUGGUUUCUGUAAGGAGCAUAAUUUGGUGGAAGCAUAUAAGGUUUUCCAAAGCAUGGCUGGCAAGGGCUGCGAUCCUGACAGUCAGAGCUAUUUUUCCCUUGUUUAUUACUUGUGUGUGGAGCAAGAGUUUGAGUGGGCCUUGGAAGUCUGUGAAGAGAGCUUUAGAAAGAAUUGGAUCCCAAACGUGUCUAUUUUACAAAUGCUGGUUGAGGGUCUUAUCAAGGUUUCGAAGGUUGCGGAGGCAAGGAGAUUUUUAGCUGAAGUUAGGUUUAGGGUUUCAAGGGACCGGAUUGAGCCUCUGAGUAAAAUUGAGGCAAAGUUGUUCAGGUGCUGUAGCCUGUAAUGUUAUGAUUUGCUUGAAAUUCAAGUAUCUGAGGUGGGGAAUUCAGCUGCAGGGACUUGCCAAGGUUUGAAAGGUUGAGGAGGCAAGGGUUUCAAGUGACCGGAUUGAGCUUCUGGAUGAAAUUAACGCGAAUUUGUUCAGGUAUGGUAGUUGUUAGGCUACAAUUUGCUUGAAAUUCGAGUAUCUAAACUUAGAAUGCCACUGGAGAGUCUUACCAAGGUUUAGAAAGUUGAGGCAAGGAGGUUUCUUGCAGAAAUUAGGGCAAGGGUUUCAAGUGAUCGGAUUGAGCCUUUGGAUGAAAUUGACAAUAAUUUGUUCAGGUAUGGUAGCUUGUAAGACUACAAUUUGCUUGAAAUUAUCGGAGGUUAGAAUGCUGCUGCAGAGUCUUGCCAAGGUUGAGGAGGCAAGGAGGUUUUUUGCUGAAAUUAGGGCAAGGGUCUCAAGUGAUCGGAUUGAGCGUCUGGAUGAAAUUGACGCUAAUUUGUUCAGGUAUGGUAGCUUGUAAGGCUACAAUUUGCUUGGAAUGCGAGUAUCUGAGGUGGGGAUUACUUAAGUAGGAAAGAAUGGAACUGUGGGGCAGGGAAGCCAGAUGAAAGGAUUGAUUUCUAGUUUGUUUGCCUUCAAUAAAAUAUUGAUCCAUUCUUACAAAUUUAUGAAGAUUUGAAAUUUUGAGGUAUUAUUGUGAACUGUUUGCAGUUUAAAGUGUAGCAUAAUGGAUUGCCAACAUAUUACUGAAUCAAUUUUACGAAAGA